UUUUUCCAUAAAAUGUAGAUAUUCACGGGAUUUAUCGUGAAUCCACGGAGCUUUUACAGAGAGAUACAGGAGAAAAUUUUUAUAGGGUGUACAAUUUAAAAGAAAUUUUCUUUUCAUUACGACUGGUUUAGUCGUUUUGAUGCUUUUUUUCUCGUCAUCAGUAGCAACUAAUGAUCACCAUUAUAAACACUGCAGCACUGCUAUCAGAGCACAUCAUUAUACUAAAACUGUUUACCCCUCACAUUGCCCAAAAAGAUGCCCUAAAACAACAACUACUACAUCUACCACUACUGCAACCUCCGCCACCACCACCACCACCACCACAACCACAACCACCACCACCACUACCACUACCACUACUACUAGCACCACUUUUGUCCCUCCUGAUAACUUAUUAAAAAAGAGGCAUCGACAAGAUGACCAUGAAGCCAUUAAGUGCGUUCCUGAUAAACAGAAACACUAUAUUCAUAGACAUGGAAAAUGCACAGAAAUCAGAUAUUGUACCCCAACUGUUUAUAAACCAUGCCCCAAAGAUAAAACCACAACAAAAACCGUUCUUGCAACCUCUACCUUAAUUUCUACCUCCACUUCUACUUCUACUUCCACCUCCACUUCCACCUCCACUUCCACCUCCACUAUAUUAAUUCCUACAUGUAUGCCUGAUGGUUCUCCAUGUACUCUUGAUAAUUUUAUUACGUGCUGCCAUCAAAGUUGCUUUUUUGGAGACAAUUUCCCUAAUGGAGUAUGCUUCUAAAAUAUAUUUUUUGUAAAAUAUCCGGGUUAUUUUAGAUAGUGACAAUUUAAUUUUAAAGUAAGGCUGUAUAUUUUCUUGUAUUCGAGGAUACAGGGUAAUAUAUAGUUUUUUUUAAUUUUUCUUGUGUAAAGCAAUUCACCAUAAUAUGUAUAUGUCAGAAUGAAGCUCGUAAAACGUGAUUCAUGCGAAUAAUAAUGGUUAUACUGUGGGUGUGUUCACAAAUUCAAUUAAAUUAUCGAUUUUGUAAUUCGUUGUAUGUCUUAUAUACCGUCAG